CUCUUACAAUAACUCAUUACAUUGCACUGACACAGACACACACUUUUUUCUCCAUUUAAAUUUCUCAAAAAAUUGUCUGCCAGCUUAUCUGUUCCUAUUAUACGGUUUAUUUUAUAUAGGCUAUAGUUUCUCAAUGACUCUCUAAUUUUGGCUGCUUCAGUUUAUAUGAUAUUAUAGUAUUUAAAUUUUUUUAUCUAUAAAAUAAGGGCAGAUUUAGUUAAUUAAAUAUCUGAAAGGAGUUUUAGACUCUUCUCUCCAGGGUGAAUGUUUCUCGGAGGCAGCAGGACAGUGAUGUACCGCCCAUGCGUGUAAAGUCCUGUAAGAGCGCAGCACAAUCAUCAUAAAGAUACUUUUUGAAGCCUUUACGCGAGUUAGAGGGCAGAUGCAGGAUGGUUAUUGAACUGGAGCUGCGCUUUUGACAGUCGUUGAAUGGAGAGUCUUUUUUCCUGACCGUUUGCAGUGACCUGCUCAAAUAAUGCUGCCCCGCAAAAGCAUCAUUCCCGAAGAGUUCGCGUUCUCCCCGGCGCUCGUGUCGCCGAUUCCCCGCAAGCCCGUGUUCAGGGACCGCGUGAACAAAGCGCGCUUCAUCGCCAAGAGCGGCGCUUGCAACUUGUCGCACAAGAACAUCCGCGAGCAGGGGAGAUUCCUGCAGGACGUGGUCACUACUUUGGUGGAUCUCAAGUGGCGUUUCACCCUGGUGAUUUUCUCCAUGACGUUCCUGUGCAGCUGGCUGCUGUUCGCUAUGUUCUGGUGGCUGGUGGCCUUUGCGCAUGGAGAUCUGGACACUAACCGUAAACCUGGCGCAGAGCAGUGUUUCACUAAUGUCAACUCUUUUACCUCUGCCUUCCUCUUCUCCAUCGAGGUGCAGGUGACAAUAGGAUUCGGAGGCCGUAUGAUAACAGAGCAGUGUCCCACAGCCAUCACAGUGCUCAUAUUACAGAACAUCAUCGGCCUUAUAAUAAACGCUAUCAUGCUGGGCUGCAUCUUCAUGAAGACUGCACAGUCCCACCGGCGCGCCGAGACCCUCAUCUUCAGCCGCCAUGCCGUCAUCGCUGUGCGCAACAACCGCCUGUGCUUCAUGAUCCGUGUGGGUGAUCUGCGAAAAAGCAUGAUCAUCAAUGCGGUCGUGCGCCUCCAAGUGGUCCGGAAGACCACUACACCAGAGGGCGAAGUCAUACCCAUCCACCAGAUCGACGUCCAGACAGAAAGCGCUGUUGCCGGCAACAGCAUCUUCCUGUUGGCUCCCCUGAUCAUAUGUCACGUCAUCGAUAAGGACAGUCCUCUGUACGAUCUCUCUGCGAUGGAGCUGCAGUGUAGCGAUCUUGAGGUCAUCGUAAUCCUGGAAGGUGUGGUGGAGACCACAGGCAUCUCCACUCAGGCUCGCACUUCGUAUGUGACCGAGGAGAUCCAGUGGGGCCACCGAUUCGUGCCUAUAGUGACCGAGGAAGAGGGUGUGUACUCGGUGGACUACUCAAAGUUUGGGAACACAGUCAAGGUGGCUACCCCACGCUGCAGCGCUCGUGAGCUGGACGAGAAGCCCUCCAUCCUCAUCCAGACACUCCAGAAGAGUGAGUUGUCGCACCAGAACUCUUUGCGCAAGAGGAACUCCAUGCGCCGGAACAACUCUAUGCGCAAGAACAACUCCAUGCGGCGCAACAAUUCCGCCCUCGCCGUGCCCAAAGUGCAGUUCCUCACCCCUGAGGGUGGACCAAAUCUAGCAGUCACAUGACAAAUGGCCUUGUUAGCGAUUUUCACCUGUCUUUCUUUAAGUCCUUGUCUGUCUCUUGAUCCUUGCCAUGCUCUUUUCUAUGGUUUCCUCUAUUUUUUGAUUAUUCACAUCCUGGGCAACUCUGGCCCUCCAGAUCCAUUUUUCUGCAGAGUUUAGAUCCAACCUUAAUAAAUACAUCAGAACAAGCUACUUGGUGGACUACUCAAAGUUUGGGAACAUGGUCAAGGUGGCCACCUCACGCUGCAGUGCCAGUGAGCUGGACGAUAAGCCCUCCAUCCUGAUCCAUAUACUCCAGAAGUACAAAUUGUUGCUCCAGAACUCUUUGCGUAAGAGGACCUCCAUGUGCCAGAACAACUCUGUGUGCAAGGAUAACUCAAUGCACCUCAAUAAUUCCACUCUUGCUAUGCCCAAAGUGCAGUUCCUCACCCCUGAGGGUGGACCAAAUCAAGAAGUUACAUGACAAAAUGCUUGGUUUUCGCCUAUCUUUCUUAAAGUCCAUUCUUAUCUAGGCAACUCUGGCCCUCAAGAUCCACUUUUCUGCAGAGCUUAGCUUCAACCCUAAUAAAAUACACCAGAACAAGCUAAUCAAGAUCUUUAGGAUUACUAGGCCCUGUCCCAAAAGGUACCCUAAGCCCUCAUGGUCUUCCUCUAAGACCACUCUUUUGUGACAUAAUGCUGCUUUGACCGUUGGGUAUAAGUCUGCUGUGGAGCUCACCUCAGUGUCGGCUUAGCAGAAGUGUGCAUUGAGGACACAGAGUGGCCACAGAGAGGGCGCUAGCAAGCACACUUGAAAUCUAAAAUGAUGAAUGGGCCAAUCUUCAGCAGUGUUUCUCAACCCUGUUCCCGGAGGAACCCCAACAGUGCACAUUUUGGAUGUCUCUCUUAUCUGACCCACACAUUUCCGGUCUUGAAGUCUACUAAUGAGCCAAUUCACUGAACAUAUAUGUAUAUGAAAAUGUAUAGUGCUGGUGUGCCUCAAGGGAUAGGCUUGGGAAACACUGCCCUGUGGUCUUGUGAGAUUGCAAGGGCCUAGAAAGCUAGGCAGGAGAGUUUGAUAAGGGUUCUCUCUGCAGGAAAGUGAAUCUCGAGGGCCAGAGUUGGCCAACCCUGUCAUAUAUGAAUUGUUUUUGACAUUAUAAUUCUGAAUAUAAUAGAUGGUUUCCUGUAUGACUGUUAAUCCUCAAAUAGUAAUCAAUUACAAAGAGUUCCACAAAUAAUUAGGCAUAUUAGUUGAGGUGAAAUUUUCUAAAAGCAUAUUACAGAUCCUAUUGUAAAUAUUAAUCUGUUUCAUUAACUUUUUUUUUUUUUUUUUUUUUAUUUCACAUCGUAACUGAACCUUUCAGUAAAAACAGACUUUACGUAUGCAACUCUACUUUUUUUUUUUGAUAAUCCGUUACACUUGCAUGAAGAUCACUAUAUGGGGGGGAAAAGAGAUCUGUCACUACACUUAAAAAAAAAAACAAGAUUCCAAAAGAGGGUUUUUACAGGGAGGACAUAGAAAAAACAUUUUUGGGUUCCUUCAAAAAUAACCUUUCAGUCCAUUUUCUUAGUGUGAAGAUCAUUUUAAACAUCUAAAGAACCUCUCUCUCUCUCUCUCUCUCUCUCUCUCUCUCUCUCUCUCUCUCUCUCUCUCUCUCUCUCUCUCUCUCUAAAGAACGUUUUGUGAAAGGGAAAGUUUCUGUGGAUAUUAAAGUUUCUUCAUUGAACCAUCAAUACCAAUAAAGAAUCAUUAUUUUGAAGAAUAUUUCUGUUUUAGCACGACUUAUCACUGUAUGACUCUGUAUUUAAAUGCAAUGUACUAUGGACAAUGACAAUAUGUUUCACAUUUCAUUAAACUUAAUCAACUUGUCAUUUUUCAUUUGAUUUGUAAUAAACUGUAUGUGCUCAAUAAAGCUAUGGGAUUUUUAUUUCAA